CCGGAACAACCGGGCGACAGGAAAACCUCCGACGCCCCAAAGUUUCUCACGAAUCAGGUUUAGCAGAAUCCAUUCGGGUCUUUGUGCUCGGAUGGGGAGCCAAAUUCGGGGGAACACUGCGUGCGAUGGUCCUGUCGUGCCUGAUGGUCCUUUCCUCUUGUGGUAUCCUCCUCCUCGAUCUAGUCUUACAGCAUGCACGCCACUUCGUCGAUCAGCAUUCACAUGCAGGUCCUUGCAAAUGGCGUGGGGUUUUUGUUCAGGAUGAUUGGUGAUCGAUACUUUUUCUUGACACCCGCACGGCCCUGGAUGAUCACAGCAGUCACGAUGGCCUGUCAUAACGCUAGGAUUAUUCACCUAUAUAACCCUCCUGAUCGGCAUUUUCGAUCAGUAUGUGGUCUUUUUGAAGAACAGGCAUACCUUCGACAGUCUCUCGCCCAUCGGAUAGCUGCUCAUCAUGGUUGGCUCGACGACUUUGGUCAAGGCUUUGCCCUUUUUGGCGGCCUCAGCUAUUGCUAGUGUGAAUUAUCCCACUAUUCCCAGUGACCUGACGACCCCCUUCCAGCAGCGUCUCGCUGUCUAUGGGGCCAACGCCGUCUCUGUGGGUUGGAACACUUAUGAGCAACUUAACAAGAGCUGCGUGGCCUACGGUACCUCCGCCGACAGUUUGACCUCGAGCGCCUGCUCCACCACUUCGAGCACCUAUGCUACGUCGCGGACAUGGUCAAACUAUGCAGUUCUGACCGGGUUGACUCCCGCCACGACAUACUACUACAAGAUCGUUUCAGGAAAUUCCAGCGUGGACCACUUCCUGAGCCCCCGUACUCCCGGUGACAAGACUGCUUUCAGCAUGGAUGUGGUUAUCGACCUGGGUGUCUACGGCAAGGACGGCUACACCACCUCCAAGAGAGACACUGCCCCAGUGGUUGAGCCCGAGCUGAAUCACACUACCAUUGGCGCUCUUGCACGGACCAUCGAUGACUACGAGAUUGUCAUCCACCCUGGUGACUUUGCCUACGCUGAUGACUGGUACCUCAAGUUCUCCAACCUCCUUUCCGGUAAGGAAGCCUACCAGGCCAUCCUGGAGCAGUUCUACGACCAACUCGCCCCCAUUGCCGGCCGCAAGCUGUACAUGGCUAGCCCCGGAAACCACGAGGCCGACUGCUCUGAGAUCCCCUACUUGCUUGAGUUGUGCCCGCAGGGUCAAAAGAACUUCACCGACUUCAUGCACCGAUUCGAAAACACCAUGCCCAAGACAUUUGCCUCAUCGUCAUCCAACACCACGGCCCAGUCCCUCGCCACUCAGGCCCGCAGCCUUUCCAAUCCUCCGUUCUGGUACUCCUUCGAGUACGGCAUGGCCCACAUUGUCAUGAUCGACACCGAAACUGAUUUCCCGGACGCGCCCGAUGGAACCGAUGGCUCUGCGAAGUUGGACAGCGGGCCAUUCGGCACGACCAACCAGCAGAUCGACUUCCUCAAGGCAGAUCUUGCCUCUGUCGACCGAUCUGUGACACCCUGGCUUAUUGUUGCCGGCCACAGACCUUGGUACAGCACCGGUACUGACAACGGCUGCUCCGCGUGCCAGACGGCAUUCGAGGACAUCUUCUACAAGUACGGCGUCGAUCUUGGUGUGUUCGGACACGUGCACAACUCGCAGCGCUUCGCGCCCGUGUACAACGGCACUGCCGAUCCCAACGGAAUGAAUGAUCCCAAGGCCCCGAUGUACAUUGUUGCUGGUGGUGCGGGUAACAUCGAGGGUGUUGACAGCCCCGGUACCGAGCCUUCCUACACCGAAUUUGCCUACGGAUCUGAUUACAGCUACGCUACUAUCCGAUUCGUCGAUGAGCAGAACCUCCAGGUUGACUUCUAUCAGUCCUCGACUGGCACUCUCCUGGACUCGAGCACUCUGUACAAGAGCCACACUUCCCAGUUUGUCCAGCAGUAGACUGGGUUUCGGAGAACCCAUGUAUGAGAGGAGAAGGCCAAUGAUAGACAUGUAUAUACGUUUUUGCUUUACUGGAUUUCGUAAUGCACAUACAUAUUUUUUGG